AUGCCCAACCAAGGCAAUAUGCAGGCGAUGCCCGGUCAGCAAGGUCAACAAGUCGCCCCUCGUCCCCAAGGUCCUCAAGGAAUGCAACCCGGUAUGGGUCUCGGCGGUAUAGCGCCCUCUCUCUCUGCUGGUUCCUCGACAUCUGGCUUGGACGGACUCGUGGGAACACCCUCCAAUUCUGGUGGACUAAUGGCUGGCGGGUUGGGCAAUAUGGGCAUGGGAGGUGGAAACAUAAUGGGCGGAGGUGCGAACACCAUGGGCAACAACGCCAACCUCAACAUGAAUAACCUUGCGCUCGGCAAUAACAUCGUCUCUGGAGGUCUACCGGGAACGCCUCCCAUUCCCAGCGGAGGAGUUGGGGGUGGAAAUGUUGGGCUGAACGCGAUGCCGAACAUGGGUCUGAAUGCGGUUGUUGGAGGUGGUACACCGACGAUGACGCCUGGUGUUCUGGGUGGUGGACCAGCUGGUUCGCCUAUCGUGGGUCAGACUCCCGUUCCUGCCUCUACAGCAACACCACCGAUCGUUGCGCCUGUGAAUUCAACUGGUCUGCCUAUCCCUCCAGCGCCUCCCUCUGUUGCGUCAUCCUCUGGCACUGUCCCACCUACGGCACCUAUCGGUCCAGCUGGAAUGCACCAACAAGUCAUCCCCCAGCUCCCUCCUCUCCCUACUAGCGUCAACCUCAACCCCAACAUCACACGCGUCACACCUGUCCCUCUCCAAAGUUCACUCACACUCAUCCCUCCCCUCUCCCAAGAAGAUAUCACCAAUAUCCAAGAAUGGAUGGCGAAGGACAAGAACUACGAGGAGGUGAUUCUGCGCAAGGCGAAGGAGAGGAUGACUGAGGAGAUUAGGGAUGUAUUUGGGUCCCAUAACCCGGCGAUGCAUAUGGGUAUGAGGGUUGGAAAGAACCAGGGAUGGUGGGAGAAGGGCUUUGCGAUGAGCAUAAGAGGCCUGAAACCGCUUUACGAUCCCGAAGCGUGCCCCAAGGACGAGGAUGUUGUCGCUGCUAUCAAGGAGGAAGAGGAGAAGGCGAAAGCUUCUACGAACGAGGAAGGCGGAUCGGCGAAGCCUUCGGACGAUGCGAAUGCCCAACAGCAACAACAGAAACCGGACAUCAAGCCUCCGAUGACGACUUCGCUCCGGCAGCUACCGUACACCAAGGAGUGGUUCUGGAGCAGUCAGAGCCGGUAUAGGAAGCUGCCUGUCUUCAACAACAUCAGGGGCGGUGGCUGGACGUAUAUUAACGCGGAGCCAUUCGAUGUGCGGUAUCCACCUCGGCCUGGAAGAACUCAGCAUACCUCUAGAGCAGGGAAGAAGGGUAUCAAGAGGGAGGGGUUGAAGAUUCCGCGACGACUCCCACCGGAAGAAGCGAACAAGCCUGAACAACUCAUCCCGAUUCGACUCGAGUUUGAUGUUGAGCAUCAUAGGAUGCGGGACACCUUUGUCUGGAACAUGAACGACCCCGUCGUCACACCUGAACACUUUGCCCAAUCCCUCGUCGAAGACUACGGCCUCCCACCCUCCUACCAUGGCGUCAUCUCCAAGUCCAUCCACGACCAGAUCAACGACUUCAAAGCCCAUUCGUUCCUCUUCGACGGCGGCGUCGUGUCCGGAGACGGCGACACCUCUACGGAGCUUGUUCGUGUUAAACCAGUCAAGGCCGACAACGACGACGACAAGGACGUCAUCAUCCGUGGUAAGCUGGAUAAGGAGAGCGCAGAGUGGUGGAGGAACUGGAGGAGGAAGGUGAGGAUGAUGCGAGAGGGAAGGACUAGUUCGAGGAAGAAGGCUGGCAAGAGGAGGAAGGUUGAGGGUGGUGUGCGGGUUAAGAAGGAGAAGAAUGGGGAUGAGGCUGACGUCGAGGACGAGAGUGAUCUUGAGGAGAAAGAGGAUGUUGAUGAGGAGGGAACUGGAUCGGAGAAGGAGAAAGCGGGUGUCAAGGUCGAGGACGAGGUUCCGUUGGCUAUCCACGAGAUUCCGUUCGACGACAAUGCGACACAUGAGGAGAUGAGGAUUCUCAUCAAGCUUGAUAUCAUUGUCGGUUCCAUGAAACUUGAUGACCAGUUCGAGUGGGAUUUGGAGAGCUCGGAAGUGACCCCGGAAGAGUUUGCUGAAGUCUAUGCCAGGGAUCUGGGUCUUGGUGGAGAGUUCAAGACCGCCAUCGCUCAUUCGAUCCGAGAGCAAAUACAGACGUAUCAAAAGUCACUCUUCCUCGUUGGUCAUCUCACAGACGGCACCGUCGUACAAGACGAAGAACUCCGCCAAUCGUUCCUCCCAUCCCUUGUCUCUGGCGCGCGCACGUCCAGCGAAGUUUCACAGUACACUCCGACCCUCAACUACCUUUCCGACGGCGAAAUCGAGCGCACUGAGAAGGAGCGCGACAAGGAUCUUACUAAACGUCGCAAGCGCAACACUCGAGGUCGUAGGGGUGUCGCUCUUCCUGAUCGUGAACCUAUUAGGACGUACAGGACACCGGCCAUUGGGUUCCCCGAGUUGGAUCCUGCCACUAUGGCACUGGCUGUUGCUAACGCUGCACCAACAAGUAGCCGACGUGCAGCUGCCGCUGCUGCCUCGCUGACCAUCGCCAACAUGGUGGCUAGCGAGAACAGCAACUCGAACUAUUCGCCGCCGCUCAUGAACGCACCUCUACCCUCUGUCACUCAAACUGCCUCAAGUCAAUCUGCUGCUGCAGCUGCCAACGCUAACGCCAAUGCGAACAAGGAGAAGAAGGUCAAGGGAUUUUUCAAGGCGCCUUCGUUCCCUUCGUCGGUGUUGAAACCUCGUGCGCAAGUGGUUGCACCUACACCAAGCACGGCAGUCGACGUCUCUUCACUUCCCGCUCCCCUCGAAAACGACCCCCCAUCCAACCAAUCCAACCCCCAACUCGAAUACCGCGCCAAGCUUCAGUCCAUCCGCCGCGCCAAGGAACUCGAACGAGAAGCCAAAGCGCAAGAGUUCAUCGACGGACAACGGCCCAACUACGUUAAUGGAGUAUGGCAUUGUUCGAACUGCGGCUGCCCUGAGAGUAUUGCUGUGGGAAGGAGGAAGGGUCCGUUGGGAGAUAAGAGCCAGUGUGGUACCUGCGGUAAAUUCUGGCACCGGCAUCGUCGACCGAGACCUGUGGAGUAUAAUCCUGACCCCGAGUACCAUCUCAACGCCUCCUCGUCGAAGGCAGACCAUAGACCGAGCGGGGAUGGCACGCCUAAACCUUCGAGUACUAUUAAUUCGAAGAAGAAGGGUGCUGCCGCUGCGAGGGCUGCUGCGCUGGCUGCGUCUCAACCUCAAACACCAGGGCGAGGAGCGGAUUCAUCGCCGGUUAAACCAAUGGGCAUGGGUAUGCUGGUGGAUGACGAUGACUUGGGUGCGAUGUCUCCUGUCAGUGACGCUUCGAGUGAUGUGGAGAUGCCACUCGUUCAGCAGAGAGCCAAGGUGAAUGGAGCCUCCAGUAACGCUGGGAAGAAGUCGGAGAAGGAGAGAGAGCGGGAACAAAAGGAGAAGGAACAGAGAGAGAGGGAGGCUAAUGAAAAGGAGCAGAGGGAGAAGGAGCGUGAGAAGGAAAAAGAGAAGGAGCACGAAAAGGAGAAAGAGAAGGAAAAGAAGGAGAAAGAAAAGGAGAAAGAUGCGGGCUCUGGGGCUCCCCCUGGGUCUGGUACUCCAGGCGGACGGCCACCCCAGCAACUUUGGCCUCCGGAAUGGUUGACGAAGUGUAUGCACGCCAUGCAGAACAAAUACCCCAACGACAAGUUCGACGUUAUUCUUCGCAAAACCUCUACGAAUCCUGAAUGGCGUAUCAAGUGUCUGGACUGUCCCGGAAAGCUGUAUACCCCCGGUCCAGGAGAGACGCUAAAUAAUUACGAGGUCCAUCUCAAGAAUCGAUUGCACCGUCAACGAGUGAAUGAGCGGUUAUCUGGUAACGCCCCUGCUGCACCCCAGAGUGCGAACGGAAACGGAGGCGCAGCUGCAGGCCCUUCCAAUUCUGGCUCAACCUCUGGUUCUGGCGACCAAACUGCCUCAGCUUCAUCAUGA